UUUAUCCUUUCCUUCCUUCACCCUACAUUAUGACUUCCCUUUCAAACAAACCUCUCUUCAACCAAUUCCUUUCAUCUCUACUCUUCUUCCACCUUCUUCUCAUCAUCCUCCAUUUUGUUUCCUCAUCCACUGCUUCUGUUUCCUCCAUAUCUUCACCUUUUGCUCACUCUAACAGUAAGGUUAAGAUAGCAGAGGAAACAAAGGAAGCGAUGGCUCUUCUAAAUUGGAAAACUAGCCUUAACAACAAAAGCCAGUCUCUCUUGUCCUCGUGGGUUGGAACCACUCCUUGCAAUUGGGUCGGAAUAAAUUGCGACCACUCUGGAAGCGUCACCCAUCUGAACCUUUCAAAUUAUGGUUUGAGAGGUACGCUUCACAAUCUCAACUUUCAAUCCCUCCCCCAUUUACUCAGUCUUAACCUUUCUCACAACUCACUAUCUGGAAUCAUUAACUCAAAUAUUUCUCACCUCUCCAAACUCUUUCUUCUUGACCUUUCUGGUAAUCAAUUCACUGGGAGAAUUCCUUUUGAAAUAGGCAAAUUAACUAGCCUUCAUGUCAUUGACCUUUCUGCGAACCAUAUGACUGGCCUUAUUCCUCAAGACUUAGGAGCAUUAAGUUCUUUGAGUAAGCUUGAUUUCUCAUCUAACAAUCUCACAGGUGUCAUCCCGACUUUUCUUGGAAACCUAAGCAACCUAAUUAUUCUAUAUCUUCAUAUGAACCAGCUUUUUGGUUCUAUCCCGCAAGAAUUAGGAAUGCUAAGUUCUCUAACCAACCUUGCGUUACAAUCAAAUAACCUCAUAGGUGUCAUCCCUGCCUCUCUUGGAAACUUGAGCAAAUUGACAAAUUUAUAUCUUUUUGAAAACCAACUUUCUGGUUCCAUCCCUCAAGAAUUAGGAAUGCUAAGUUCUUUGACUGACCUUGAGUUAUCAACAAACAAACUUACAGGUGUCAUCCCUGCCUCUCUUGGAAAAUUGAGCAAACUGGCAACUUUAUAUCUUUUUGAAAACCAACUUUCUGGUUCCAUCCCUCAAGAAUUAGGAAUGCUAAGUUCUCUGAUUGACCUUGAUUUAUCAACAAACAAACUUAUAGGUGUCAUCCCUGCCUCUCUUGGAAACUUGAGCAAACUGACAACUUUAUAUCUUUUUGAAAACCAACUUUCUGGUUCCAUCCCUCAAGAAUUAGGAAUGUUAAGUUCUUUGACUGACCUUAAGUUAUCAACAAACAAUCUCACGGGUGUCAUCCCUGCUUUUCUUGGAAACUUAAGCAACCUAACCACUUUAUAUCUUCAUACGAAUCAACUUUCUGGUUUCAUCCCUCAAGAAUUAGGAAUGUUAAGUUCUCUGAUUGACCUUGAGUUAACAACAAACAAUCUUACAGGUGUCAUCCCUGCCUCUCUUGGAAACUUGAGCAAACUGACAACUUUAUAUCUUUUUGAAAACCAACUUUCUGGUUCCAUCCCUCAAGAAUUAGGAAUGCUAAGUUCUCUGACUGACCUUGAGUUAUCAAUAAACAAUCUCAUGGGUGUCAUCCCUGCUUUUCUUGGAAACUUAAGCAACCUAAACACUUUAUAUCUUCAUACAAAUCCACUUUCUGGUUCCAUUCCUCAAGAAUUAGGAAUGCUAACUUCUCUGAUUUACCUUAAGUUAACAACAAACAAUCUUACAGGUGUCAUCCCUGCCUCUCUUGGAAACUUGAGCAAAUUGACAACUUUAUAUCUUUUUGAAAACCAACUUUCUGGUUCCAUCCCUCAAGAAUUAGGAAUGCUAAGUUCUCUGAUUGACCUUGAGUUAGCAAUAAACAAUCUUACAGGUUUCAUCCCUGCCUCUUUUGGAAACUUGAGUAAAUUGACAACUUUAUAUCUUUCUAAAAACCAACUUUCUGGUUCCAUCCCUCAAGAAUUAGGAAUGCUAAGUUCUCUGACUGACCUUGACUUAUCAAUAAACAAUCUCACGGGUUUCAUCCCUGCUUCAUUUGGAAACUUAAGCAAACUAACCAGUAUAUAUCUUCAUACAAAUCGACUUUCUGGUUCCUUCCCUCAAGAAUUUGGAAUUGUAAGUUCUCUGAGUGAUCUUAAGUUAUUGUUUUACAAUUUCGUAGGUAUAACUUUUUCUUCUAUAGUAAGCUUAACUAAGCUCACUUAUUUCAAAUUGUUCACUAAUAAUUUAAGCAAUCUCAUUUCAUUUGAACAGAACAAUUUUACUCAAUUGAAGGAGCUCCAAAUAUCUAGAAACCAAUUUACUGGUCACUUGCCCGAAAAUGUGUGUAGUGGUGGAUUGCUUGAGAAAUUCAUCGCAAACAAUAAUCAUUUUAUUGGUUCAAUACCAAAAUCCUUGAGAAACUGCACAAGCCUCAUUAGAGUUCGACUUAAUGGAAAUCAACUUUUUGGAAAUAUAGGAGAAAGUUUUGGGAUAUACCCACACUUAACAUACAUGGAGUUGAGUUAUAAUAAACUUUAUGGUGAGCUUUCAGCUAAUUGGGGGCAAUGUCAAAACUUGACAUGCCUGAAAAUCUCUAACAAUGACAUUUCAGGUAGAUUGCCUCCUGAGCUUGGAGAAGCAAGUCAAUUACAAGUGCUCAUCCUCUCCUCAAAUAAGAUACAUGGGAAAAUCCCCAACAAAUUAGGUAAGUUGAAAUUUUUGUUAGACCUUUAUCUAGACAGUAACAAAUUUUCUGGACAAGUUCCUUACAAUUUCGAGAUGCUAUCAAAUUUGGAGCAACUUAAUCUCGCCAAUAAUAGUCUAAGUGGCCAUAUUCCUGACCUAGGGAAAUGUAAAAAACUUUUUCUCUUGAAUUUGAGCAACAAUCACUUAAGAAAAUAUAUCCCAAUUCAAAUUGGCAAUUUGCAGUAUCUCCAAAAUCUUGAUCUUAGCCAAAAUUUUCUAACAGGAGAGAUUCCACAACAACUUGGAGAUUUGAAAAUGUUAGAAAUCUUGAAUCUUUCCCACAAUGCACUUUUUGGCAAUAUUCCAUCCAGUUUUGAUCAAUUGUUAGGCUUGACAUCCAUUGACUUGUCCUACAAUCUAUUGUGGGGUCCUAUUCCGAAUACUAAAGCAUUUUGUGAGGCAUCAAUAGAAGCAUUUAGAAACAACAAGGGCUUGUGUGGCAAUGCUACUGGUUUGAAGACUUGCCCCUUUGCAAUUGGCCACAAUCUUCAUGUCAAAAAGGGGAAAAAAGUUACUACAAUAAUUUUAGCCCUUUUGGGCAUUGUUUUUCUUAUUUUUAUCAUUGUAGGAAUUACAAUCGGCGUUUUCUUUAGAAAGACGAAGACAAAAAAUAAUCCAAAAGAAGUAGGGCCUCAAAAUAUGUUUUCAAUAUGGAGUUAUGAUGGGAAAAUGGUUUAUGAAAACAUUAUUGAAGCAACAGAGGAUUUCGAUUACAAAUAUUGUGUUGGUGUGGGGGGGCAUGGAAUUGUUUAUAAAGCUGAUUUGCCAACAGGUCAAGUUGUUGCUGUAAAGAAAUUUCAUCCACUCUCAGAAGAUAGUGUGGCCAAUCUAAAAUCUUUCACCAGUGAGAUACAUAGUCUAACCGAAAUACGACACCGCAACAUUGUAAAGCUUCAUGGUUUUUGCUCACAUCCACGACACUUGCUUUUAGUUUAUCAAUUCUUGGAAGGUGGGAGCUUGGAAAAGAUACUAAACAAUGAUGAAUUAGCACUGGAGUUUGACUGGCUAAAGAGGUUAAAUGUUGUUAAAGGUGUGGCAAGUGCUCUGUCUUAUAUGCAUCAUGACUGCUCCAGUCCAAUAAUUCAUCGUGAUAUAUCAAGCAAGAAUGUUCUACUAGAUUCAGAAUAUGAAUCUCAUGUCUCUGACUUUGGCACAGCUAGGAUUAUGAGUUCUGACGCAUCUUAUUGGACUUCGUUUGCUGGUACCAUUGGAUACACUGCUCCAGGUAUGUUAUUUAAGUAA